AUGGCGAUUGCCGUAGACGACUAUAAAACGGCGCCCAAGGCGCUUCCCAUUUCCAUUGAAUGGAAGCCCUUUAUGAUUGACCCCGGAACGAAAAGAGAAGGCGAAGAGUACUUGGCGUACAAUCGACGGCGUUGGGGUGGCGAUGGAUGGACCCAUAGUAUGAAACGAGAGGGACGCAAGAUUGGCGCCAAUUUUGACAAUUGGAAGUGGUGGCCCAACACGACAAAGGCACAUCAGCUGGUGAGCUACUUUGCACAGAGAGGAGGCGACACGAGUCGCUCCAAUCAAGCUCUCUUUGAGGCACUGUACGAAGAAGGCAAGAAUCUGUCUUUGAUUGAUACGUUGGUAGAAAUUGCCGUGGAAAAGCUGGACCUUCCUCCUUCGGAACGAGAGGAUCUGAGAGCCUUUUUGGCACAAGACAAGGCUGCAAAUGAAGUGCAACACGAGAUUGAUCAAGGUCGACGAAAGUAUCGAAUCUCGGGUGUUCCCUACUUUGUCAUUGGAAAGAAGAACCGUGGCAAAGGAGAGAAACCUUAUGGCUUUUCGGGAGCACAACCACCGGAAACAUUUCUAGAAAUUUUCCAAGAACUCGAAGAGUAG